AUGACGAUAUUAUUUUUUCUACUUCUCUUUGGCUAUGUCUGGGCGGAUACAUUGCCAAAUGGCUGCCCAUCGGAUUUCAGCGUCCAUCGCCUCUUGAGACACGAAACGGAUUGCAACAUGUACUAUUCAUGCAGCAAUGGACGUAAAAUUUUAAUGCCAUGUCCCGGAGGUUUGCUCUUCAACGAACCUACACAGGGGUGCGAUUGGCCGCGUAAUGUUAACUGCAAUUCUGAUGCUCCAACAACAACUUUAAGGCCUCCAACAACAACUCAAACGUCAACAACUCAGGCGCCAACAACAUCAACAACUCCGGGGCCAACAACUAGUCCGCCAUUGCCGCCAAACGAAUGUCCUACAGAUUUUAAUGUUAUAUUAAAACUACCUCACACAGAUUGUGACAAAUAUUACAAUUGUAGCGACGGUGUCAAAGUUCUCCUAAAAUGUCCACCAGGGAAAUAUUUUGACAUGGACCUGCAGGACUGUAACUGGUCAGAAAAUGUGAACUGUACCCAAGAUCGACUCCUUCCUAAUGGAUGCCCCGCUGAGUUUCAUGUGAAUAAGAAACUGCCUCAUGAGGAAGACUGCAACAAGUUUUAUCAAUGCAGUUUCGGUAUUAAAGUGGAAAAGAACUGCCCUCCAACUUUACACUUCAACCCCAUACUACAGGUUUGCGAUUACCCUGAUAAAGCUGGUUGCCUCGCAAAUGAUGACAAAGGAGAGUGGUUGGAAAACGGUUGUCCAUCAAAUUUUUCCGUCCACUGGCUUCUACCACACGAAGAAGAUUGUUCUAAAUUCUAUUAUUGCGUUUUCGGCAAAAAAGAAGAAAGAAGCUGCGCACCCGGUACAUACUUUGAUUUUAAAAUACAGGUGUGUAACCAUAAGUACAUGGUUAAAUGUACGGCAUCACCAAAGUCCACAACAUCAACGUCUCCUCUAACUACUGAAACUACGAAAGUAACCGAUGAUUCGACAACAAAAACCACAGAGAGAACAACUGAGUUACAAACAACUUCAACUACUGAGAUCGUGACCGAAGAUCUUUCAACAUCAACCACUGAGGAGGUAACUGAGGCCCCUACAAGUUCAACUACUGAGAUCGUGACCGAAGAUCCUUCAACAUCAACCACUGAGGAGGUAACUGAGGCCCCUACAAGUUCAACUACUGAGAUCGUGACCGAUGAUCCUUCAACAUCAACCACUGAGGAGGUAACUGAGGCCCCUACAAGUUCAACUACUGAGAUCGUGACCGAAGAUCCUUCAACAUCAACCACUGAGGAGGUAACUGAGGCCCCUACAAGUUCAACUACUGAGAUCGUGACCGAAGAUCCUUCAACAUCAACCACUGAGGAGGUAACUGAGGCCCCUACAAGUUCAACUACUGAGAUCGUGACCGAUGAUCCUUCAACAUCAACCACUGAGGAGGUAACUGAGGCCCCUACAAGUUCAACUACUGAGAUCGUGACCGAAGAUCCUUCAACAUCAACCACUGAGGAGGUAACUGAGGCCCCUACAAGUUCAACUACUGAGAUCGUGACCGAUGAUCCUUCAACAUCAACCACUGAGGAGGUAACUGAGGCCCCUACAAGUUCAACUACUGAGAUCGUGACCGAUGAUCCUUCAACAUCAACCACUGAGGAGGUAACUGAGGCCCCUACAAGUUCAACUACUGAGAUCGUGACCGAAGAUCCUUCAACAUCAACCACUGAGGAGGUAACUGAGGCCCCUACAAGUUCAACUACUGAGAUCGUGACCGAUGAUCCUUCAACAUCAACCACUGAGGAGGUAACUGAGGCCCCUACAAGUUCAACUACUGAGAUCGUGACCGAAGAUCCUUCAACAUCAACCACUGAGGAGGUAACUGAGGCCCCUACAAGUUCAACUACUGAGAUCGUGACCGAUGAUCCUUCAACAUCAACCACUGAGGAGGUAACUGAGGCCCCUACAAGUUCAACUACUGAGAUCGUGACCGAUGAUCCUUCAACAUCAACCACUGAGGAGGUAACUGAGGCCCCUACAAGUUCAACUACUGAGAUCGUGACCGAUGAUCCUUCAACAUCAACCACUGAGGAGGUAACUGAGGCCCCUACAAGUUCAACUACUGAGAUCGUGACCGAUGAUCCUUCAACAUCAACCACUGAGGAGGUAACUGAGGCCCCUACAAGUUCAACUACUGAGAUCGUGACCGAUGAUCCUUCAACAUCAACCACUGAGGAGGUAACUGAGGCCCCUACAAGUUCAACCACUGAGAUCGUGACCGAUGAUCCUUCAACAUCAACCACUGAGGAGGUAACUGAGGCCCCUACAAGUUCAACUACUGAGAUCGUGACCGAUGAUCCUUCAACAUCAACCACUGAGGAGGUAACUGAGGCCCCUACAAGUUCAACUACUGAGAUCGUGACCGAUGAUCCUUCAACAUCAACCACUGAGGAGGUAACUGAGGCCCCUACAAGUUCAACUACUGAGAUCGUGACCGAUGAUCCUUCAACAUCAACCACUGAGAGAGUAACUGAGGCCCCUACAAGUUCAACUACUGAGAUCGUGACCGAUGAUCCUUCAACAUCAACCACUGAGGAGGUAACUGAGGCCCCUACAAGUUCAACUACUGAGAUCGUGACCGAUGAUCCUUCAACAUCAACCACUGAGAGAGUAACUGAGGCCCCUACAAGUUCAACUACUGAGAUCGUGACCGAUGAUCCUUCAACAUCAACCACUGAGAGAGUAACUGAGGCCCCUACAAGUUCAACUACUGAGAUCGUGACCGAUGAUCCUUCAACAUCAACCACUGAGGAGGUAACUGAGGCCCCUACAAGUUCAACUACUGAGAUCGUGACCGAUGAUCCUUCAACAUCAACCACUGAGAGAGUAACUGAGGCCCCUACAAGUUCAACUACUGAGAUCGUGACCGAUGAUCCUUCAACAUCAACCACUGAGGAGGUAACUGAGGCCCCUACAAGUUCAACUACUGAGAUCGUGACCGAUGAUCCUUCAACAUCAACCACUGAGGAGGUAACUGAGGCCCCUACAAGUUCAACUACUGAGAUCGUGACCGAUGAUCCUUCAACAUCAACCACUGAGGAGGUAACUGAGGCCCCUACAAGUUCAACUACUGAGAUCGUGACCGAUGAUCCUUCAACAUCAACCACUGAGAGAGUAACUGAGGCCCCUACAAGUUCAACUACUGAGAUCGUGACCGAUGAUCCUUCAACAUCAACCACUGAGGAGGUAACUGAGGCCCCUACAAGUUCAACUACUGAGAUCGUGACCGAUGAUCCUUCAACAUCAACCACUGAGGAGGUAACUGAGGCCCCUACAAGUUCAACUACUGAGAUCGUGACCGAUGAUCCUUCAACAUCAACCACUGAGGAGGUAACUGAGGCCCCUACAAGUUCAACUACUGAGAUCGUGACCGAUGAUCCUUCAACAUCAACCACUGAGGAGGUAACUGAGGCCCCUACAAGUUCAACUACUGAGAUCGUGACCGAUGAUCCUUCAACAUCAACCACUGAGGAGGUAACUGAGGCCCCUACAAGUUCAACUACUGAGAUCGUGACCGAUGAUCCUUCAACAUCAACCACUGAGAGAGUAACUGAGGCCCCUACAAGUUCAACUACUGAGAUCGUGACCGAUGAUCCUUCAACAUCAACCACUGAGGAGGUAACUGAGGCCCCUACAAGUUCAACUACUGAGAUCGUGACCGAUGAUCCUUCAACAUCAACCACUGAGGAGGUAACUGAGGCCCCUACAAGUUCAACUACUGAGAUCGUGACCGAUGAUCCUUCAACAUCAACCACUGAGGAGGUAACUGAGGCCCCUACAAGUUCAACUACUGAGAUCGUGACCGAUGAUCCUUCAACAUCAACCACUGAGGAGGUAACUGAGGCCCCUACAAGUUCAACUACUGAGAUCGUGACCGAUGAUCCUUCAACAUCAACCACUGAGGAGGUAACUGAGGCCCCUACAAGUUCAACUACUGAGAUCGUGACCGAUGAUCCUUCAACAUCAACCACUGAGGAGGUAACUGAGGCCCCUACAAGUUCAACUACUGAGAUCGUGACCGAUGAUCCUUCAACAUCAACCACUGAGAGAGUAACUGAGGCCCCUACAAGUUCAACUACUGAGAUCGUGACCGAUGAUCCUUCAACAUCAACCACUGAGGAGGUAACUGAGGCCCCUACAAGUUCAACUACUGAGAUCGUGACCGAUGAUCCUUCAACAUCAACCACUGAGGAGGUAACUGAGGCCCCUACAAGUUCAACUACUGAGAUCGUGACCGAUGAUCCUUCAACAUCAACCACUGAGGAGGUAACUGAGGCCCCUACAAGUUCAACUACUGAGAUCGUGACCGAUGAUCCUUCAACAUCAACCACUGAGAGAGUAACUGAGGCCCCUACAAGUUCAACUACUGAGAUCGUGACCGAUGAUCCUUCAACAUCAACCACUGAGGAGGUAACUGAGGCCCCUACAAGUUCAACUACUGAGAUCGUGACCGAUGAUCCUUCAACAUCAACCACUGAGGAGGUAACUGAGGCCCCUACAAGUUCAACUACUGAGAUCGUGACCGAUGAUCCUUCAACAUCAACCACUGAGGAGGUAACUGAGGCCCCUACAAGUUCAACCACUGAGAUCGUGACCGAAGAUCCUUCAACAUCAACCACUGAGGAGGUAACUGAGGCCCCUACAAGUUCAACUACUGAGAUCGUGACCGAUGAUCCUUCAACAUCAACCACUGAGAGAGUAACUGAGGCCCCUACAAGUUCAACUACUGAGAUCGUGACCGAUGAUCCUUCAACAUCAACCACUGAGGAGGUAACUGAGGCCCCUACAAGUUCAACUACUGAGAUCGUGACCGAUGAUCCUUCAACAUCAACCACUGAGGAGGUAACUGAGGCCCCAACAAGUUCAACUACUGAGAUCGUGACCGAUGAUCCUUCAACAUCAACCACUGAGGAGGUAACUGAGGCCCCUACAAGUUCAACUACUGAGAUCGUGACCGAUGAUCCUUCAACAUCAACCACUGAGAGAGUAACUGAGGCCCCUACAAGUUCAACCACUGAGAUCGUGACCGAAGAUCCUUCAACAUCAACCACUGAGGAGGUAACUGAGGCCCCUACAAGUUCAACUACUGAGAUCGUGACCGAUGAUCCUUCAACAUCAACCACUGAGGAGGUAACUGAGGCCCCUACAAGUUCAACCACUGAGAUCGUGACCGAAGAUCCUUCAACAUCAACCACUGAGGAGGUAACUGAGGCCCCUACAAGUUCAACUACUGAGAUCGUGACCGAAGAUCCUUCAACAUCAACCACUGAGGAGGUAACUGAGGCCCCUACAAGUUCAACUACUGAGAUCGUGACCGAUGAUCCUUCAACAUCAACCACUGAGGAGGUAACUGAGGCCCCUACAAGUUCAACUACUGAGAUCGUGACCGAUGAUCCUUCAACAUCAACCACUGAGGAGGUAACUGAGGCCCCUACAAGUUCAACUAUUGAGAUCGUGACCGAUGAUCCUUCAACAUCAACCACUGAGAGAGUAACUGAGGCCCCUACAAGUUCAACUACUGAGAUCGUGACCGAUGAUCCUUCAACAUCAACCACUGAGGAGGUAACUGAGGCCCCUACAACUUCAACUACUGAGAUCGUGACCGAUGAUCCUUCAACAUCAACCACUGAGGAGGUAACUGAGGCCCCUACAAGUUCAACUACUGAGAUCGUGACCGAUGAUCCUUCAACAUCAACCACUGAGGAGGUAACUGAGGCCCCUACAAGUUCAACUACUGAGAUCGUGACCGAUGAUCCUUCAACAUCAACCACUGAGGAGGUAACUGAGGCCCCUACAAGUUCAACUACUGAGAUCGUGACCGAUGAUCCUUCAACAUCAACCACUGAGAGAGUAACUGAGGCCCCUACAAGUUCAACUACUGAGAUCGUGACCGAAGAUCCUUCAACAUCAACCACUGAGGAGGUAACUGAGGCCCCUACAAGUUCAACUACUGAGAUCGUGACCGAUGAUCCUUCAACAUCAACCACUGAGGAGGUAACUGAGGCCCCUACAAGUUCAACUACUGAGAUCGUGACCGAUGAUCCUUCAACAUCAACCACUGAGGAGGUAACUGAGGCCCCUACAAGUUCAACUACUGAGAUCGUGACCGAUGAUCCUUCAACAUCAACCACUGAGGAGGUAACUGAGGCCCCUACAAGUUCAACUACUGAGAUCGUGACCGAUGAUCCUUCAACAUCAACCACUGAGAGAGUAACUGAGGCCCCUACAAGUUCAACUACUGAGAUCGUGACCGAUGAUCCUUCAACAUCAACCACUGAGGAGGUAACUGAGGCCCCUACAAGUUCAACUACUGAGAUCGUGACCGAUGAUCCUUCAACAUCAACCACUGAGAGAGUAACUGAGGCCCCUACAAGUUCAACUACUGAGAUCGUGACCGAUGAUCCUUCAACAUCAACCACUGAGGAGGUAACUGAGGCCCCUACAAGUUCAACUACUGAGAUCGUGACCGAUGAUCCUUCAACAUCAACCACUGAGGAGGUAACUGAGGCCCCUACAAGUUCAACUACUGAGAUCGUGACCGAUGAUCCUUCAACAUCAACCACUGAGGAGGUAACUGAGGCCCCUACAAGUUCAACUACUGAGAUCGUGACCGAUGAUCCUUCAACAUCAACCACUGAGAGAGUAACUGAGGCCCCUACAAGUUCAACUACUGAGAUCGUGACCGAUGAUCCUUCAACAUCAACCACUGAGGAGGUAACUGAGGCCCCUACAAGUUCAACUACUGAGAUCGUGACCGAUGAUCCUUCAACAUCAACCACUGAGAGAGUAACUGAGGCCCCUACAAGUUCAACUACUGAGAUCGUGACCGAUGAUCCUUCAACAUCAACCACUGAGGAGGUAACUGAGGCCCCUACAAGUUCAACUACUGAGAUCGUGACCGAUGAUCCUUCAACAUCAACCACUGAGGAGGUAACUGAGGCCCCUACAAGUUCAACCACUGAGAUCGUGACCGAAGAUCCUUCAACAUCAACCACUGAGGAGGUAACUGAGGCCCCUACAAGUUCAACUACUGAGAUCGUGACCGAUGAUCCUUCAACAUCAACCACUGAGAGAGUAACUGAGGCCCCUACAAGUUCAACUACUGAGAUCGUGACCGAUGAUCCUUCAACAUCAACCACUGAGGAGGUAACUGAGGCCCCUACAAGUUCAACUACUGAGAUCGUGACCGAUGAUCCUUCAACAUCAACCACUGAGGAGGUAACUGAGGCCCCUACAAGUUCAACUAUUGAGAUCGUGACCGAUGAUCCUUCAACAUCAACCACUGAGAGAGUAACUGAGGCCCCUACAAGUUCAACUACUGAGAUCGUGACCGAUGAUCCUUCAACAUCAACCACUGAGGAGGUAACUGAGGCCCCUACAAGUUCAACUACUGAGAUCGUGACCGAUGAUCCUUCAACAUCAACCACUGAGGAGGUAACUGAGGCCCCUACAAGUUCAACUACUGAGAUCGUGACCGAUGAUCCUUCAACAUCAACCACUGAGAGAGUAACUGAGGCCCCUACAAGUUCAACUACUGAGAUCGUGACCGAUGAUCCUUCAACAUCAACCACUGAGGAGGUAACUGAGGCCCCUACAAGUUCAACUACUGAGAUCGUGACCGAUGAUCCUUCAACAUCAACCACUGAGGAGGUAACUGAGGCCCCUACAAGUUCAACUACUGAGAUCGUGACCGAUGAUCCUUCAACAUCAACCACUGAGGAGGUAACUGAGGCCGCUACAAGUUCAACCACUGAGAUCGUGACCGAAGAUCCUUCAACAUCAACCACUGAGGAGGUAACUGAGACCCCUACAAGUUCAACUACUGAGAAUGUGACAGACGAUCCUUCUACAUCAACCACUGAAAGGGUAACUGAGGCCCCUACAAGUUCAACUACUGAGAUCGUGACCGAUGAUCCUUCAACAUCAACCACUGAGGAGGUAACUGAGGCCCCUACAAGUUCAACUACUGAGAAUGUGACAGACGAUCCUUCUACAUCAACCACUGAAAGGGUAACUGAGGCCCCUACAAGUUCAACUACUGAGAUCGUGACCGAUGAUCCUUCAACAUCAACCACUGAGGAGGUAACUGAGGCCCCUACAAGUUCAACUACUGAGAAUGUGACAGACGAUCCUUCUACAUCAACCACUGAAAGGGUAACUGAGGCCCCUACAAGUUCAACCACUGAGAUCGUGACCGAAGAUCCUUCAACAUCAACCACUGAGAGAGUAACUGAGGCCCCUACAAGUUCAACUACUGAGAAUGUGACAGACGAUCCUUCUACAUCAACCACUGAAAGGGUAACUGAGGCCCCUACAAGUUCAACCACUGAGAUCGUGACCGAAGAUCCUUCAACAUCAACCACUGAGGAGGUAACUGAGGCCCCUACAAGUUCAACCACUGAGAUCGUGACCGAAGAUCCUUCAACAACAACCACUGAGGAGGUAACUGAGGCCCCUACAAGUUCAACUACUGAGAAUGUGACAGACGAUCCUUCUACAUCAACCACUGAAAGGGUAACUGAGGCCCCUACAAGUUCAACCACUGAGAUCGUGACCGAAGAUCCUUCAACAUCAACCACUGAGGAGGUAACUGAGACCCCUACAAGUUCAACUACUGAGAUCGUGACCGAUGAUCCUUCAACAUCAACCACUGAGGAGGUAACUGAGGCCCCUACAAGUUCAACUACUGAGAAUGUGACAGACGAUCCUUCUACAUCAACCACUGAAAGGGUAACUGAGGCCCCUACAAGUUCAACCACUGAGAUCGUGACCGAAGAUCCUUCAACAUCAACCACUGAGAGAGUAACUGAGGCCCCUACAAGUUCAACUACUGAGAAUGUGACAGACGAUCCUUCUACAUCAACCACUGAAAGGGUAACUGAGGCCCCUACAAGUUCAACCACUGAGAUCGUGACCGAAGAUCCUUCAACAUCAACCACUGAGGAGGUAACUGAGGCCCCUACAAGUUCAACCACUGAGAUCGUGACCGAAGAUCCUUCAACAACAACCACUGAGGAGGUAACUGAGGCCCCUACAAGUUCAACUACUGAGAAUGUGACAGACGAUCCUUCUACAUCAACCACUGAAAGGGUAACUGAGGCCCCUACAAGUUCAACCACUGAGAUCGUGACCGAAGAUCCUUCAACAACAACCACUGAGGAGGUAACUGAGGCCCCUACAAGUUCAACUACUGAGAAUGUGACAGACGAUCCUUCUACAUCAACCACUGUAAGGGUAACUGAGGCCCCUACAAGUUCAACCACUGAGAUCGUGACCGAAGAUCCUUCAACAACAACCACUGAGGAGGUAACUGAGGCCCCUACAAGUUCAACUACUGAGAAUGUGACAGACGAUCCUUCUACAUCAACCACUGAAAGGGUAACUGAGGCCCCUACAAGUUCAACCACUGAGAUCGUGACCGAAGAUCCUUCAACAACAACCACUGAGGAGGUAACUGAGGCCCCUACAAGUUCAACUACUGAGAAUGUGACAGACGAUCCUUCUGCAUCAACCACUGAAAGGGUAACUGAGGCCCCUACAAGUUCAACCACUGAGAUCGUGACCGAAGAUCCUUCAACAACAACCACUGAGGAGGUAACUGAGGCCCCUACAAGUUCAACUACUGAGAAUGUGACAGACGAUCCUUCUACAUCAACCACUGAAAGGGUAACUGAGGCCCCUACAAGUUCAACCACUGAGAUCGUGACCGAAGAUCCUUCAACAACAACCACUGAGGAGGUAACUGAGGCCCCUACAAGUUCAACUACUGAGAAUGUGACAGACGAUCAUUCUACAUCAACCACUGAAAGGGUAACUGAGGCCCCUACAAGUUCAACCACUGAGAUCGUGACCGAAGAUCCUUCAACAACAACCACUGAGGAGGUAACUGAGGGCCCUACAAGUUCAACCACUGAGAUCGUGACCGAAGAUCCUUCAACAUCAACCACUGAGGAGGUAACUGAGGCCCCUACAAGUUCAACCACUGAGAUCGUGACCGAAGAUCCUUCAACAUCAACCACUGAGAGAGUAACUGAGGCCCCUACAAGUUCAACCACUGAGAUCGUGACCGAAGAUCCUUCAACAUCAACCACUGAGGAGGUAACUGAGGCCCCUACAAGUUCAACCACUGAGAUCGUGACCGAAGAUCCUUCAACAUCAACCACUGAGGAGGUAACUGAGGCCCCUACAAGUUCAACCACUGAGAUCGUGACCGAAGAUCCUUCAACAUCAACCACUGAGGAGGUAACUGAGGCCCCUACAAGUUCAACCACUGAGAUCGUGACCGAAGAUCCUUCAACAUCAACCACUGAGAGAGUAACUGAGGCCCCUACAAGUUCAACCACUGAGAUCGUGACCGAAGAUCCUUCAACAUCAACCACUGAGGAGGUAACUGAGGCCCCUACAAGUUCAACCACUGAGAUCGUGACCGAAGAUCCUUCAACAUCAACCACUGAGGAGGUAACUGAGGCCCCUACAAGUUCAACCACUGAGAUCGUGACCGAAGAUCCUUCAACAUCAACCACUGAGGAGGUAACUGAGGCCCCUACAAGUUCAACCACUGAGAUCGUGACCGAAGAUCCUUCAACAUCAACCACUGAGGAGGUAACUGAGACCCCUACAAGUUCAACCACUGAGAUCGUGACCGAAGAUCCUUCAACAUCAACCACUGAGGAGGUAACUGAGGCCCCUACAAGUUCAACCACUGAGAUCGUGACCGAAGAUCCUUCAACAUCAACCACUGAGGAGGUAACUGAGACCCCUACAAGUUCAACCACUGAGAUCGUGACCGAAGAUCCUUCAACAUCAACCACUGAGGAGGUAACUGAGGCCCCUACAAGUUCAACCACUGAGAUCGUGACCGAAGAUCCUUCAACAUCAACCACUGAGAGAGUAACUGAGGCCCCUACAACUUCAACUACUGAGAUCGUGACCGAAGAUCCUUCAACAUCAACCACUGAGGAGGUAACUGAGGCCCCUACAAGUUCAACCACUGAGAUCGUGACCGAAGAUCCUUCAACAUCAACCACUGAGAGAGUAACUGAGGCCCCUACAAGUUCAACCACUGAGAUCGUGACCGAAGAUCCUUCAACAUCAACCACUGAGAGAGUAACUGAGGCCCCUACAACUUCAACUACUGAGAUCGUGACCGAAGAUCCUUCAACAUCAACCACUGAGGAGGUAACUGAGGCCCCUACAAGUUCAACCACUGAGAUCGUGACCGAAGAUCCUUCAACAUCAACCACUGAGGAGGUAACUGAGGCCCCUACAAGUUCAACCACUGAGAUCGUGACCGAAGAUCCUUCAACAUCAACCACUGAGAGAGUAACUGAGGCCCCUACAAGUUCAACUACUGAGAUCGUGACCGAAGAUCCUUCAACAUCAACCACUGAGGAGGUAACUGAGGCCCCUACAAGUUCAACUACUGAGAUCGUGACCGAAGAUCCUUCAACAUCAUCCACUGAGGAGGUAACUGAGGCCCCUACAAGUUCAACUACUGAGAUCGUGACCGAAGAUCCUUCAACAUCAACCACUGAGAGAGUAACUGAGGCCCCUACAAGUUCAACUACUGAGAUCGUGACCGAAGAUCCUUCAACAUCAACCACUGAGGAGGUAACUGAGGCCCCUACAAGUUCAACUACUGAGAUCGUGACCGAAGAUCCUUCAACAUCAUCCACUGAGGAGGUAACUGAGGCCCCUACAAGUUCAACUACUGAGAUCGUGACCGAAGAUCCUUCAACAUCAACCACUGAGAGAGUAACUGAGGCCCCUACAACUUCAACUACUGAGAUCGUGACCGAAGAUCCUUCAACAUCAACCACUGAGGAGGUAACUGAGGCCCCUACAAGUUCAACUACUGAGAUCGUGACCGAUGAUCCUUCAACAUCAACCACUGAGGAGGUAACUGAGGCCCCUACAAGUUCAACUACUGAGAUCGUGACUGAUGAUCCUUCAACAUCAACCACUGAGGAGGUAACUGAGGCCCCAACAAGUUCAACUACUGAGAAUGUGACCGAAGAGCCUUCGACCUCAACCACUGAGGAGAAAACUUAUGCUCCAACAACUUCCACAACUGAAAUAGUCACUGAAGAUCCAACUACCGUAUCAAAUGAAACAACUACAGUCACGUCUACUACUACCGAAAGACAAAUAAUUUGUCCUCCAGGUGUAAUCGACCAAAUACCUCACCCGGAUGACUGCGACUCGUAUUACGUCUGCAUUGCUGGAAUACCGAGAUUGAUGCGUUGCAUAAAUGGUUUUGAAUUUGAUCCAAUUGUGAAGAAUUGCGUACCAAUAUCAGAAAAUGGCUGCUUUGCGAAUAAGAACAAAUCGACCCCGAACGAUCAGGUGUCAACGACGUUUGAUUAUGAAUCCACAUUUAGUGAUUUCACUACUGUACCUACCCCGUCUGUAACAACGGAACAAGUUACUUCUGACGAAAAUACUGAUAGGACAAUAAAAACGACAGAAGAAGAUGCAACAACCAUAAGUGACAUAACUGAAAAGGAUAUAUCGACAACAACAGAUUCCUCUCCCCGCUCCACUGAUGUUACGACUGAUAACUCAGAAACGACUUCUACUGAAGACAAUGGUUCUACUACAACACAAGACCCAUCUAGUACAUCUCCCAAUAAUGAUGACAAUGAUUCUACUACGACUCAAGACCCAUCUAGUACAUCUACUACUACUGAUGACAAUGAUUCCAUUACAACUCAAGACCCAUCUAGUACAUCUACUAAUACUGAUGAUAAUGGUUCUACUACAACUCAAGACCCAUCUAGUACAUCUCCCAAUAAUGAUGACAAUGAUUCUACUACGACUCAAGACCCAUCUAGUACAUCUACUACCACUGAUGACAAUGAUUCCAUUACAACUCAAGACCCAUCUAGUACAUCUACUAAUACUGAUGAUAAUGGUUCUUCUACAACUCAAUACCCAUCUAGUACAUCUCCUAAUAAUGAUGACAAUGAUUCUACUACGACUCAAGACCCAUCUAGUACAUCUACUACUACUGAUGACAAUGAUUCCAUUACAACUCAAGAUCCAUCUAGUACAUCUACUUAUACUGAUGAUAAUGGUUCUACUACAACUCAAGACCCAUCUAGUACAUCUCCCAAUAAUGAUGACAAUGAUUCUACUACGACUCAAGACCCAUCUAGUACAUCUACUACUACUGAUGACAAUGAUUCUACUACGACUUCAGACCCAUCUAGUACAUCUACUAAUAAUGAUGACAAUGAUUCUACUACGACUCAAGACCCUUCUAGUACAUCUACUACUACUAUUGAUGACAAUAGUUCGAGUACAACUCCAGGACCAUCUAGUACUGAAGACAAUAUACAACCAGUUAUAUGUCCACCAAAUUUCAUUGGACAAAUUCCCCAUCCUGAAAUUUGUGAUAGAUACUAUGUGUGUGUAAGGGGACAAGCUACGUUAGUGCGAUGUCGCACGGGGCUAGAGUUUGAUCCAGAAACUAAGAGGUGUGUGACUAUAUCUGAAAACGGUUGUUUCGCCAAUCAAAACAAGACUACUUCAACUGAAACAACAACACAUUAUACUGAAACACCCAAAGAGGAGGAAACAUCAUCCGCAUCAUCUAAAACUACAAUAAAUGAUGUGACUAUUGAUCCAAUAGAAACAACGACAAUAAUUACUUGUGAGCCUGGCUUCACUGGAUUAUUACCGCAUCCUAUUUAUUGCAACAAAUUCAUUAAUUGUUCUGCCGGAGAAGCCUUAAUAGGUCUUUGCCCAUCAGGAAAAGAAUUUGAUCCAAAUUCUCAAGAAUGUGUUCCAAUAUCUAUGGAUGGUUGCUAUUCAUCAAAAGACACUACUACCACGACAGAAGCUGAGCAGACAACUCAUAACAUUAAACCUACUACUACUCAAGUUAUAGAAACAACUACAAUUAUCAUUUGUCCGCCUGGUUAUUCAGGGCUAAUAGCUGACCCGGAACGAUGUGAUAAAUUUUAUAUUUGUAGCGGCGGAGUUCCUUUACCACCACUAUACUGUGGACCUGGUGAAGAGUUUGAUCCUGACAUGCAAGGUUGUGUACGAAUAAGCGAAAAUGGAUGUAAUGCCAGAAGGAGAGUUUCCUCUACGACAAAAGAACCCACAACUGACUUCACUUCUGUUACAUCUGAAGAUGGAAGUUCAGCAACCACAACAAAUGAGGAAUCAAGUGUACCCGAUAAUACAACUACAAAUGAAGUAACAACUGAUAGUAGUAGCUCGGAUGGCGAAGAGAGUGAGAAAACGACCACUGUUAAUGUAGAAACUACACCACGCACCAUAUGUCCACCCGGUCACUCCGGAAUAGUUGCUGAUCCCGAAAGAUGUGACAAAUUUUACAUUUGUACGGGCGGAAUUCCGCUUCCUCCUAAUUAUUGCGGACCAGGCGAAGAAUUUGAUCCUAAGACUCAAGGUUGCGUUGUAAUUAGUGAAAAUGGUUGUAACGCAAAUAGAGACAAGUAUUUUACAUCAACUGAAUUUAAUGUAAUCAAAACUGAAAGUACAAAUCCAUCUGACGUAACAACAACGUCACAAGUUAUAAGUGAUGGUACCACAACAACAGAUAAGAAGGGAAAUGAUGAAAUUGCUACUACAGUUAAAGAAGGUACAAGUCCGAACAGUAUAUGUCCUCCAGGAUUUUCUGGAAUAGUUGGUGAUCCUGAAAGAUGUGAUAAAUUUUAUAUAUGUACCGGCGGAAUUCCUCUACCUCCGAACUACUGCGGACCUGGAGAAGAGUUUGAUCCAUCCAUACAUGGUUGUAAACCAGUAAGUCCAAACGGUUGUUACCAAAAGCGAGGCACAACUCCAACAACAGAUGCACAGACAGAUACAUACACUAUGGAACCAAAGAGCACAGUAGGACCUCAAGUCACAACUGGAAGGUCAACGGAAAGUGAUAAAACUACAUCCAAAACCAAUGGAACGGCUAACAUAUGCGCGCCAGGGUUUUCUGGUAUGGUUGCUGAUCCUGACAGAUGUGACAAAUUCUAUAUAUGUACAGGCGGAGUUCUCCUGCCUCCUUUAUAUUGUGAAAAAGGCAACGAAUUUGAUUCAACAGCACAAGGGUGUGUUCCAAUUAGUGCAAAUGGAUGCAGUGCUAAGAAAGAAACAGAGUUCGAUUCAAAUGACAAUGUGACAACAACCACACAAGCAAUUGAAACGACGCCGACACCAGGUCCCUGCUCAGCGGGUGGUAGCACGUUCGUUCCUGAUCCUGAAUCAUGUAAUAGAUAUUACAUUUGCAACGGAAGUAGGCCCAUAUCGUUACGAUGCAUCCGCGACUAUGAAUUUGAUCCAAUUUCUAAGUUAGCAAAGAAUCAGGCGGAAUGUAUGUAA